GCCAUGGCGGCCGACAGGGUGUCUGUGCUGGUGCUGCUGGUGGCGGCCCUGCUCUGCUUCGCCGGCGCCGUGCGGGGCGCCGGGCUCCGCCCGCGGAUGGUGGGCGCCCCGCAGCCCAUCGAGAACCCCGAGAACGACGAAGGGCUGGAGCGGGCUCUGCAGUUCGCCAUGACGGCGUAUAACAGGGCCAGCAAUGAUAUGUACUCCAGCCGGGUGGUGCGGGUCAUCAGCGCCCAGAGGCAGAUCGUGGCUGGAGUCAAGUACAUAAUGGAAGUGGAGAUUGCCCGGACAACCUGCACAAAGCCAGCGACUGAUAUCCAGCACUGUGCCUUCCAUGAGGAGCCACAGAUGGCCAAGCACACUAUUUGCAACUUCGUAGUGUUGAAUGUUCCUUGGCGAAACCAAGUGGAGCUGCUGGAGAGCAAAUGCCAGUAAGCCUACCUAGAUUCCAGCAGAGACCAGCAACCAGUUGUUCAGAUUUAAAAGAAAAACGCAAUAACACAAAUUGAGAUGGGCUUUAUCAACGCCUGUAACUUGGCUACUGAUGUAUGCUUGUGCUAUGCAAAUUAAACCAUGUAACUUCACUUUUAAAGCACAGUAUGAUCUCAACUUUUUCUUCUUUGGAAUUACUAUUUUAGAGCAGCUGUUUUGGUCUUCUACAGCUUUCCCAAUGAAUUCACUCCAGUAUCAGAACUUUUAUUGAAACCUCUUGGUAUCCAUGUUAAGUGACUACUGUAAACAUAAAAAAUUAAUUAAUUGCCAUGAUGUGUGGUUUUCUUUGAUCUUCUGCUGCCUUGGAGGGAGGGUUUGCUUUUAGUUGUCACCCAUGCUAUCCUGCCCUAAGAAUGGGAUGAGAAGAAAUAUUGGGUCGUGAUCGCAGAGGAGACAAACCAUGCCUGCUCGUUCCUUAGCUUGGCCUCUGGUUCUGAGUAGUAGACGGAAGCCUUAGCUGUUUUCACUGAAGGAACUCUGCUUUGGAGAACUCUUGAUCUUGGGAAUGGUUUUGGGUCCUGGCUGCUGUACUGUUCUAAGGCUGUAAGGAAGAAGGAGGCUCCCCAAGAUAAAAUUGCAUUUUCAGGUAGUAGGGGAAGGUGCCAGGUCAAGAGAGAGUCUUGGGACUGGGUGAAGGUGCUGAGGUAAACAAUGGAGGAGCUUCUUGUUUUUUUUCACAGUCCUGAUACAGUAAGAAAUGCUCUAUCUUGUGUUUUACUUUUCUGUAUUUUGAAAUAAACCUUUUCCUUUUGGUGUGAAUC